CGAGCGCACCCUUGCGGUGGGAGCCGCAGGCCUCGCUCUACGCCCGGUGUUCGGGGGGAGCCCGCGCCGAGACCUGGGCGAGGGAGAAAGCGGCACAGCCGGCGGGGACGCAGUGAUGGUCCCCAUGUCAGAUCUGGGCCUCUGGGGACCCUGGCCCCCACCGGCCCCUGGGCCUGCACUGAAGGGGCUCCCUGUCAGGGGACCGGAGGGGCCCCAAGCCCUGCCCCGAGGGAGACGCAGAGGCAAGGACUCAGGAUGCUCCGGAGGCUCCAGGGUGGGGCUCAGGAGGGGGGCAGGCCCUAACCCUCACAGCCCCCAUCGUGAAGGGGCCAGGGCUCCCGGGGAUCCAGAGUUGAUGAGCUACCCACCAGGGAAUGGCAGUAGCUGGGGUCUGGAGCCUGGAGGGUCACAGAGAGGAUUCGGGGUGGGAGCAGGGCCGUGAAGUGCAUGGAUGGUUCAGGCCUGGGCAAGAACUCCAGGAGCAGUGUCUGAGGUGGGAGUCCAGUGGGGCUUCUGACUCCACAGCCUCCAACCCCUGGUCCUUGCACCCCCAGGCGUUGGGGCUCAGACCAGCCUGAUACUUGGGGCUCUCGGGCACAGAGGAAACGAGGGUGACUGACUCAGCCCCUGGUACCACCCGUGGGUGUCCAGGGGCUGCCUCACCCGGCCAGUUCUCGCCCUCCAUGAGGCUGGAGGCCUGGAUGGAGGUGGCAGGGUCCUGCUGAGGCCUCAGGCCUUGCCUGGCUGGAGAAAGGCAGCCAGCAGGGGAGAGUGGCUGGAAACUCCAUGAGACGCUACCGCAGGCUUCUUUCAGCCUUGCUGUAGGUCACCUUCCAGACCAGGCCACUGAGGCACGGGAGCCUGCGCUACUGCCCCGUUCCAGCACUCCCCCCACCACCUCCGUCAACGGCCAGCCACGGCGGCUGGCACUGGGCAGCUCUAGACAGGAUGGAGAGGAUGCGUCUUCAACAUCCGCACGAGGUCAACAGAUAAAAGCCAGGGCGUUCUAAGUGGCUGUAUGCGCAUCCGCCUGUGGACGGCUUCCUUCUACAAAUAUUUUAGCACCCUCUCCUGCGACUGUGGACAGCAAAGAAGCACCCAGCUCCGGGGCGAGGCAGGCCCUCAACCCAACGCGUAGUUCCCUUGGGCACAGUGACCCGGCCAGGAAGCCACCCUGACUCGCAGGUACUGCCUGAGGCUCAUGCCGCCUCCUUGCCUGGAUGUUUGACCCACAGCAGAAGAAGGCGGCUGCCUGCAGGUUUCACGUGAAUGGACCCAGUCUGGGACAGAUCCCGUGGGUCUCGGCCCAGCACCGCCAGCGUCCGGGUGCGGGAGCUGAGCUGGCAAGGCCUGCAGAACCCCUGCCCACAGAGCAAGGGCCCUGGCGGCCAGCAGGGCAGCCGCAGAGAGCAGCGGGUGGAAGAGUACCUGUCCCCCGCCCGACUGCAGGCCCUGGCCCUGGUGGAUGACCUUCGGCUGGUGAGGGCGCUGGAGGUGUGUGUGGACACCCGCGAGGGCAGCCUGGGGAACUUUGGGGUGCACCUGCCCAACCUGGACCAACUGAAGCUGAAUGGCAGCUACCUGGGCUCCCUCAGGGACCUGGGCACAUCUCUGGGCCACCUGCGGGUGCUGUGGCUGGCUCGCUGUGGCCUCACUGACCUGGAUGGCAUCGCCGCUUUGCCAGUGCUGAAGGAACUCUACGCCUCCUACAACAACAUCUCAGACCUGAGCCCGCUGUGCCUGCUGGAGCAACUGGAGCUGCUAGACCUGGAGGGCAACAGCGUGGAGGACCUGGGGCAGGUGCGCUUCCUGCAGCUGUGCCCUCGCCUGGCCACCCUCACCCUGGAGGGCAACCUGGUGUGCCUGCAGCCGGCCCCCGGCCCCGCCAACAAGGUGCCCAGGGGUUACGACUACAGGGCCGCAGUGAGGAAGCUCAUCCCCCAGCUUCGGGUCCUGGACGAAGUUCCGGCCACGCACACAGGCCCACCGUCCUGCCUGCGGCUGAGCCAGGACUGGCUUGCGGUGAAGGAGGCCAUCAAGAAGGGCCACGGCCUCCCCCAGCUGGACUGUCCCCACGGAGGCCCCAUCCGGAGACUUGACCCUGAGCUGUCCCUGCCUGAGACGCAGCCCCGAACCUCCAGGCCCUGGCCCUUCGCGCUGCUGGUCCCUGGGGGCCCCCUGCCUGAAGGCCUGCUUUCUGAGGACCCAGCCCCAGAAGAUAAUACCAGCAGCCUCACCCAUGGUGCUGGCCAAGUCCUGUGUGGGAACCCCACCAAAGGCCUGCGGGAGCAUAGGCACCAGUGCCAGGGCAGGGAGCCCCCGGAGCAGCUGUCCCAGCACAGGCCAGGAGAUCUGGCCCCCAGCACUUCCAGCCCAGAGCCUGACCCUGCAGACAGCUCUGACUUCCUGGCCUUGGCCAGGCUUAGGCCCUGGAGGGAGCUUGGCAUGGGGCACCUGGAGUCCCAACAGGAAGGGGCUGUAGCCCCCGGGAGCCGACGGAGGGCCCCUGAAGAGCAAGUGCACCAGGCAGAGUCCAAGACUCCCCCCAGGCCCCCGAGCCUGGCCUCAGAGCCCCCCAGGACCUUCCGAUGUCAACUGGUCCCUUCUCCUCCCAAGCACCCGAUGCCACCAGCUUCUGGCAGCAGCUCCCCCCGGUGGCCCACAGACCUGCAGUCCAGGGGGCGUCGGCUCCGAGCCCUGGGCAGCUGGGGGCCUGGCGUGGGUGAUGGGGCGGCGGCAAUGGCCUCAGACCUGAGCCCUGGAGCCCAGGGAUGUCCUGGCCCAAAGCCGGCACCAGACGCAUCAGCCAGAAUCCCCAGGGCAGCCGAACUCCCCCACCCCACCCCCUUCCCCCACUUAGUGUAGCCCCACUGCCAAGUUACACUGUGCUGGGGCCACGACCUGCCCACAUAUGUGGUCACAGGGGCGCUGGGUGGGCUUGGCCUCAUGGAGCACAGAACGUCUGGGCGGGUGCGUUGGUGGGUGGAGGGAAUGCCUGGCCCUGGGGAGGACCCUCUUGGUGGAGGAGAGGGGGGGCUCGGGCUUGAACCCACUUUAGGCCCCCGACAGGGUUUGGCGUGGGAAGGGAGGGUCCCGAUCCAGCCUUCCUUCCGGCCAGGCUUUCCCGUGGGCACAGGUUGGGGGGUGGUCACAGGGGCAGGCCUGUCAGAGGGCUCUCCGGCUAGAGUUGGGUGUGGCCGA